CAAACAUGUAGGUAUGGAGGGGACUGCGUUGUCAGCCUUUCCAAAAGAUGAUGAGCAGCUCAAAACUGAAGACAGGAAUAGAAACAGGCCCGAGACUACUGCACUAGCCAUGGAAUUUAACAGAGAAAGUGAUCCAGAAACAGCUGAAUCAUCAGAGCUGCUCCAUAGAGCAGAAAAUGGGAAAUCAGUGGAUGUGAAGGAGGGGGAAUAUUUAAAAGACAAACCACACCAGGGAGAUGAUGGUAGGAAUGUAUCAGAAGGGAAGUCAGAGAUGGGAAGUACACUUGCACUGUCAAACACAGCAUGUGUCACUGGUGCUGAAAGCAGUGUAGCCAAGCGUGAAUCCUCUGUGUUAGAUUUUAUAGAAAUACAAGGUGAAAUAAACCAACCUGAAAACCUGUGUAGUACAUUAGAACAGGGGUUGUCCAAACCUCAAAACUCUGGAGUGUCUGAAUCUCGAGACACUGAAAUCAAAGUUAUUCCAGAAGAUUUCAGAGAGGGAAGCAGUGAGCCAUUAGAAAGAGUGGAUACCAGUAAGUCUGUCUUAGCAGAAAGUAAUCUUCCUUCUGAGGCACAGUUUGCAAAACCUCUGAAUCGGUUCUUGGGAACUGAAAAUGUUAAAUGUGAUGACAUCAAAGGGGAAUUAAACAAACAAAGGAAGGGGUUGGUGUCUUCCAGUUCAUGUAACUGGGAAGGGAAUGUUGUGAAGACAAAUAGUGUUUCAGAGAUCAUCUGCCAGCCUGCUUCAGAAAUGGACUUUAAUAGUGGCUUGGCUUUGUCUACUGAAGGGGACUUGGAGAUGGGCUGUAUAAAUGCUGAAGAAACAGAUUCUCCUGUCCAGAUGCCUCGUGAUCUCAAUUUCAAUCUUCAGCAAGUUGAGAGUUUUGUUGAAACUAAUGGGGCAGAAAAAGCUGUUGCUUCUUCCCAUACAUGGGGAAACAGAGGAGUGAAAAGUCGUGUCAUGGACAGUGCAUGUAAGUGUUCUUCAGAAAGCUUGGAAGAGGGUGCAGAGAUCCUCUCUGCUGAAAAAGACAUCAUGGUCAAAGAACUGGACUGCCUUGAGAGGGUAUAUGUACACCAAAAUGAAAUGAAAAUACCAGAUGAGAAGGAACAGACUGUAGAUAAAGAACCUCCUGCCCCUGUUAAAUCGCAGCUCCUGCAUGCAGACUCUUCUAAUAAGAAUACUUUUCCUCCUCAGAAGUUUGAUUGUCAAGAAUCAGGAUGCAGGACUUCUACACAGGAGGUUACAACAGAUCCUUCUAGAGCUGGUUCAGUAACAGUGGUAGGGGAAAGCAAAGAACUGAGUAGUUCUGAGGCAUCUGGGGAAAAUGCCAUAAAAAUGUCUAAACCCAAUUAUGAUGGGCCAGAACAGAGCAAUGAAUCUGAAGAGAAAGACUGUUCUGUACAGAAACUUAGAGAUGUGAAAUGUUCUGAAUGUGUUCCCAUGGUCAGAGAGGAGCACAGAGCUUCCAGGAGGAUUGCAGGGGGUGCUCUGGAAACCAGUGAUGAGACUGUUGACACUGACUACCAAGUAUCUGAACUCCAUUCAGCAAUGCACGCAGGAAGCCCUGUGACAGUUAGCGAGCUAAAAGUAGACACUGUGGUGGAUAUAGAUACACACUGUGAAACAAACAGCUCUCCAGAUACCUCAAAUGAGUUGUCAAUUGUGGCUGGGGAGGGUAAUCCUAAAGACUUAGCCUCCUGGACAAAAGAGUCUGUAUCGGUAACCGCUGACAGUGCUGAGGGUGCCAAUGAAUGUGUGGUAGAUUCUGACAGAGCUGAAUGCAUCAGUGAUAGUGAGGGAGGUCUGUUAAAAACUGGGACAUUGAAAGAAGUCCCUGUGGUGCCAAAUGCUUCACAAAAUGGAUUACCAGUAUCCCAGAUGUUAAGCAGAUUCUCAGAAACGGUAAAAAUCAGCAGAUUAAAUACAAGAAUGUUAGCACCUUGCAAUUUCCUAGAAGAAAAUGAUGCUGAAAAAUGUCAGUCAAAGGUGGAGCAAAAUCUACUGCACAGUGUUGAUAUAGGAGUCUCGGUGUCUGAAGAAUAUAAUCAUAGUCAGACUUCCAGUUCUUGCAGCACAGGAGAAAACAACACUGAUGUUAGCCUAGAUGGUAGCAGUAGAAGAAAUACAUUUGUCAAGUCUCUUCGAGAUCCAGCGCUGUGUGAUGUAGAGCCCAAUUGUCACAAAGUUAGGCAGCCUUCUGAGCCACAAAACCCGGUAUUUGAGAAGCCGUGUGUGCUAAAGUCAGAAUCUUGUGUGGAUGAUGCUCUUAAAAAGAGCAACAAGCCGAAGUGUAAAGAGCAAGAACCAUCUGAAGUCCUGACUGCUUCAGCCAAAGCAGCUGCCCAAGCCGUGUGUGCCAAGGUAUCGAAGAGGCUGUCUCAAGGUAAAAGGAAAACAAAGACUCUCAAAGUCACUCAGGCAGUUCUUGCAAAUGCUGAUACUUCUUUGCCAAAAAAAUGCUCACCUGAGACUAUAAAUAAAAUUAGGCAAGAGAUAGGUCCUCCUCUGCCCCCCUUGCUCCUGCCUUUGAUGGAUACUCCUCCAAAAGCCACAUGUACUGUAUCCCCAGCAAUGUCUUCUACUGGUCGAUCCUCUUUGCUUUCCCCUCUUGAUGACCUGAUAUCGCCGUUACGUGAAACUCCCAUUCCUCCUCUCAUGUCUCCGUUAACAGAUACGCCACCAGUAAAAUCUGCUCUUCUGUUUUCUCCUCCCUCACCCUCAGAAACGGCAUUAGGCCGAAGGAUUCGCUCCUCACCCCUGAAAUUCUGUACUUCCAUUCCAAAGCACGCGCUUCCCGUCCCGGGAAGGUUUCCUCUGUUGGCAGCUGAUGGUGCUGCUCCAGCUCCCCCUCAGGAGAACUCAGUGAAGAUACUGGACACUAUGUACCCAGAGCUGUCUGCAAGGGCAAGGACACUAAACAUCCUCAAAGGCAAUAUACACCUUAACCGAUGUGCUUUUUCAGACAGCCAAAGUUUGCCGGGACCUGUGACUCAAAUUGGUGGGUUCAAAGCAAUUGCAUCUACAUCAACUGCUUUUGUUAAAACUGGGGGUAAUUUGAAGUUCGAUAGUAGCAAAGACCAAGAGAAAGAUGGACAAAAUCAGCAGCUGUUAUCAAGCUCAUCAAAUCAUCUUGGAAAACGGACCCUAUUGCCAGUUUCUAUGCCAAGAAGUGCAAAGAGACUGAGGCUGGACAGUGAACCACCAAAGCUGGAGGCUGAUGAUACUGCUGCUAUGGGAAACACUAAAGAUACAACCUCUGAAACGCAGGAAGCUUUCCAUGAGAAAAGCUCUGAAACCAGUGACCCAGUGCAUGGUUCCAGGUCAGAAGCAUCACUACCACUAAAGAAAGCUGUUGAUACUGACUGUCAGAAGGUUUCUUUGGCAUUGAAGAGAAUUGCUGAGUCCUGUUUUGACUUGUUGCCAGUCAUUAAAGGUCACAUGUACGUUGGCAAUAUCUCAAAGAUUCCAGUAAUGAGAGAUGAAGAGAAAGAAAUCGUCUAUGAAUUUGGUGUAAAAAACAAGGUAGCUGGCUUGGACCUUCUGGUUCCUCAGGAAGCCAACGCUCAGACUGCCUGGUGUCUGCAGCAGUUAGCAGAGUCCUUGCUGCAUGCUAUUCUCAAUAAACUCAAGGCUCAGAAGAAUGCCACAAAUUACAGUUUCAACCAGGCUCUGUGUCGAGUCUAUACAGGAAUUUGUCGACAGUUGGGAGACCUGGAAAGAGCUCGCCUUUUCUGCUAUAGCCUGCUUAAAGAAGACUUUCCAGACUCAGAAAAAUUGGUUUUAUUUAUCACAAAUGUAUGGUCUGACAUAUUCAUCUUCCAAAGUGCAAUUAGCAAAGCUAUGCAAUUAGUUGUCAGGCAGAGGGCAAGCGAGGAGAUGCUGACCUGCUUGAGUGCGUAUAUCAGUUGGGAACAGAGUUCCUCUUUAGAUGCUGGGAUUAUGGUCUCAAACCUGCUUUUAGAAAUGCAGUCAUGUCCAAAAGUAGAAUUUCAACCAAGUGAGCAAUAUGGAGAAGAUCUGAGUGAAGAUGCUUGGCAGUACAUAUUUGCUGUUGAUCUACUUUGCUCUCACCUGAAGUGGGACUGGACACAUGACAAUGUUAUAAGCAAAGUGCUUUGGCCUUCUAUGGAUAAAUGGAUAAAGAAGAGAAAGGGGCCUGAAACUACUCAAUCCAUUUCUGACAGUGUUACAGCACUGAUCCUAAGGCUAAUUGGUCGAUUGGGCCAGAUAGGUUUGAAGGAAGGAUAUCUUGCUGCAGUGAAGAAUAUUAGUUCUGUAAUUGGACUGUUUGUACAGCAGGCAAAAGAGGAAGGUGUUCCCUGGGGUGUGCAGCUGGCAGCCAUAUACUCACUGUGUGACUUGGCUUCAAGCAACCCAGAAGGUAUUGUUGAGGCCAUCCACGCUUGGAGAGCAACAGUUCUUAACAACAUCCCUUUUGCUGUCACAAAUGGCAUAGCUGAAAUCACUUCUCUGUGUAAAAUGGAGCUAAACUAAAAUCUAGGGAAGCGGACUGAACUAAAGGAAGAAGUGCCUUAUUUUACUAAGUAUUUGUUCCCAGUUAAAAACAAUAUGUGCUGUGGUCCUUUUUUAUGAUUGUUUUAGCAAUGUCUGAUCACACAAAGCAAACUCAAGUAUUUUAUGUGGGUUUUCUGUUAGAGGGAAAAUACAAAAUAUAGGUAAAAAUAUAUAUACAAAAAUAUAUAUAUACAAAAAUAAUUUGUAUAUAUAUAUACAAAAUACAGGUAAAAACACUUGCUUUUCCUAAUAACUGAUCAGUAAUGUGAAAACCAGUGUGUCUCUAGCUCCUGGGAUACAUCUGGUUUGAUGUCAAUAACGGUUACUAAUAGUUUGCUAUUUUACUUCCAUCAGUUUGAAGCCCGGGCUCUUUGAUGCAACAGAAGAUUGAGCCUGGCUGAAAACCUGGCUCUGUUAUUUUGUACUAUAUUUAUAAAGUAACUGAUAGCAGAACUUUGCCCAGAUUCUGCUUUGUUUUGCUUGAGUAGCCUCAUAAGUUUAAUUUAAAAUACUUGUGUAAGAAAGAUAGGAAUUGACUUUUUGUGUAACAAUCAUGUAUAGAGUAACAGAGAUACUAAAUCUCUGAACCUGUAUAUAUGGUAUUCUCAUAAUGUGUCUCACAUUUGAUAUUGUUCCACUUGGGGAAUUUUGUGUAUGUAAAUAGAAAGUUGGCUCAACAAAAGUUCACGUUUCUAACGAUAGCUUCACUACACCCUGUGGUUUUGUACCUUUCGUAAUAAAAGAAGCAAACACC